UACCGUCCCUUGUCUCCAAGGGGCGUGGUAUUUGCUCUCGGCUCCGCAUCUGAUUACGCCAGUUGAUCAGACGCCGGUGGCGACACGGCUUUACGUUCAGCGCAGCGCGUUCUUUUUCGCUGUGACAGAGAUGGGCUGGCGCAAAUGGAAGGCCUUAUAUUCAAGACUGAAAGCGUUGACAAAGCUCGAAAUAGUGGCGCUGAAGAAGGAGAACCAGUCGUGGCUUCCUUCGCUAGAGACAAUGUUGUUGGACGAUGCCGCCGCCGUUUCCACCGCUGUCAUGGAAGCCAUGGAAGAUGAGGGCAGGAAACAGUUUCGCCGACGCGCUGCGUGGCUCUACUGCUGGCUACUUUCCGUGCGGCGUCACCUCGGUCCGUGGAACUUCUUACCCCUCAGGCAGAAGAGCAAGGAGGACAACAAGGAUGACAACAAGAAGGGCAACAACAAAGACAACAAGGGAAACAACAAAGACGAUGCCGUUCGCGACGUUGAAGCUGCUUUCAAGAAAUGCGCCGCGAAGUUGAAAUCUUUUGAAUGUUACGUGACAAUAGAGUGUGUCGUAAAGAACGGUGCCGUUUACGCGUGCUUGCUGGUUAAGGACAGGAAGGUUGCCUCUGACAAAGUAUACAGUAUCUACCUGGUGAUGUCACCGAACAAGGAGCUACUGGCCACGAGCGUGCCGGGUUCAUUGAAGCGCCGGCUGACUUCUGCUUUGGAUGCGGCGUUCCCAGAUAUUGGGAUAAAGUCUUUGCCUUUGAAGAGCGGGUACUUCGACAGGGCGCUACUGGAAAGCGUCCAACGGCACGAACGCAUUGUCGAGCCACGUGCGGAUUCUGUGGAUGAGCUUUCUGCGGAGAAGGAUUGUGCGGAUGAGGAUUCUGCGGAUGAAGAUUCUGCGGAUGAGGAUCCUAUGCUUGAGGAGUCUAUGCCUAACACUCCACGGGCAGCGUCUCAACCUGACUCCUCAAACACAAGCACACAUCGGCUUGGCGCCUGUUCCAUGGAAGUAGACUACGCUGUUCCCUUCACCCAAGACUAUUCACAGCCAAGUUCCUUGAACGGCAACAUACAAGGGCCUGGCGCCAGCGCCAUGGAAGUAGACAGAGUGGCUUCCGUUACCGAAGGCUCUUCACAGUCAAGUUCUUCGAACGACGGGAAGCCGUUGCCAUAUGGUCGUGCACAGCGGGAACCCAGACCUGCUUCUUUUACCCUAGACGAUUCCCAGCCUGGCUGUUCUAAAGACAGCGAGCCGUGGAAAGAGUUCAGUGCCGCGAAAAAAGCUGGACCAGCUCCCGUCACCUACGGAGAUUCGCAGCCUGGUUGUUCGAAAGGCAGCAGGCCAUGGUCAGGCAGCCGUACUCGCAAGGGACCCGUAGUGGCCCCCAUUGCCUGCGACGAUUCGCAGCCUGGUUGCUCUAGAGGUCUGCCCAACGAAGACUCUAGUGACGAUGACAUCACGGAACCUGGGGAAUUUAACCCUCAGGCCGUGUAUGACAAGGCGUUGAAGAAGGUAGAUGGCUUAAAGGCAGCUAUAUUAGCUAUCAACAACAACAUUAGGGGAAACAAAACAACCAGGACCCAUGAAAUUACAGUUGGCAAGUUGUGCGCAGCAAUUGAUGAGUUCUGCGUAAAUGAAGCAAGCAGUGCGGAAGAGCGAACGCGCAUGCUAAACGCAGUGCGCGAAAAACUUGCCCAGACUUGUCCUACCUUUGUGUGGAAAGAGGACACCGGCAGAAGUUCCUUCAGGAAGCCUGGUGGGAAAAAGAGAACUUCCUCGGCUCAAGGAGUCUAUGGCAAGCUCGAGAAAUUGUGGUCUGCCACCGACAAAAACUCACAGUCGGCCAUGGAUAUAAUGAAAAAGUGCCUCAUGGCUACUUAUACGGAGCGCCAUGCAACAGCGGUUUCUCGUCUGCCCGCAUUUCUCUUGGAUGAAGAGAUCCUCUGCAUGGAAGCUGAAAUUCAAUUUGGCUGCGACAUCAACGCCCUGGAACAGAAGCUCCUCCAUGCGGCGAGGUUCCUCUCGGUAAUACAGAAUGAAGAGCUCACACUAAGAAAUCUCUGCGAAUUCUUAGAAGAGGGCACAAGUCCUUCAUUUGUCACUGAGGGUCCAGUACCCCCGAUCCGCAGAGACGAGUCGCCACGUAUCUACACGAUGCACGGCACCCUGUGGAUCGACGCCGGUAACGUGGGCGAGACUGUCACAAUCGCCAGUGGGCGUCUGGAGCGCGCGCUGGUGCUGUGCCUAGUACUCUACUAUAUAAAGCUCCUAGCAUACCCGGAGGCGUUCUGGCGAGUCCUCUACGUGCUGCAAUUCAUCCUUAAUCCAAGCGACGAUCCGGCCACGCCACCAACACAAAGGAACGGGCAGCCAUGCGAAGUAACAGAGAGAAUGCGCUACCUUUCAGACCUGCUUACAGGGAACGGAGAGACAAGCGGACCAGAAAAGAAGUGAAGUUCUAAAGUUUUCCCCGAAUACAGGUGCUGUGUCCGCCGAAGUAUCCUUAUUCAAAGGCGAAUCUUCGCUAAUUUUUGCCAUUGUUGAGGUGCUUAUCAAAAGUGACCUAACACGAAUGGUUCCAGUAUUCAGAUAAUGUACUCUGCAAAUCAUUACCGCAAAUUUCGUUUUCG